ACAUCCUGAAGGACGCGACGGUGUGAUGGCGUCGGUAAUCGGCUCUCGUGUCUCAAAAUUAAAACUAAAUAGAUGAGAAUAGUUCCUUAGUGUUGUAAUUCAAUUAGUUAUGUACGCCUUAGUAUAGCAAUAAUAUUUUCUGUGAAAAUAUUAGUAAAUUUGUGAUAAUGGAAGGCAAAAGUACUGACUGGCUACGGGGGCCUAGCGGCCCCACUGUUUGCCGUUGUUGUUUCGCUGAGGGCUGUUAUAAAGACAUUUCUACCGAAUAUUUUUGGAUGGGGAAGAGAGAAGUGUACUCCGAGAUGCUGACGGAGACGUUCGACCUCAGUAUCGCCUUCGCCCAAACGUCGGGCCCCAACAGCAAUAGCCGUCUGAUCUGCGAGCCCUGCAUAUCCCGGCUGCGGGAUGCCUCCGAGUUCAAGAGGCAGGUGCAGGAGUGUGAGAAGAUGUUCAUGCAGUACCUGGAUCCCGGACGGACUGUGGUCGAUGAGCUUCAGAUGGAGAUCACUCAAGAGCCAUCGGAGAAGGUGAAGCUGGAACCGGUGAAGCUGGAGAAGAAUCACAGCGAUGACGACUUCGACGACCGCGGCGGCUUCGAAGAUAUGGACGAAGAUGACCUCGACGACCAGCCGCUAACGAAACUCGCAAGCAAAGUGCCUAAAAAGGAAUCCGUAGACCUACUAGACCUCCUCGACAACGCCAAAGCGGAGAAGAGGAAAUCCUCCGCCAAAACUAAAUCCAGCCCCGCUAAGAAAGCUAAGACUAAGAAGGAGACACCUAAAGCGACCGCUAGCAAAGCUAAACCGGAGAAGAAGAAAAAAGGGCCCAGUAAGGAAAUAGCUGGACAUACUGGGAAAGAACGUAAAACGAAAAAGAGACUGUUCGAAAGAUCUGUUAACCAGAACCCGCAGCGGCAAAACGCUGUAUUGAUACUUAGGUACUCUACAGCGUUCCCCUUUAAGACUCGGUUUAAUAGAAUUGUCUGUUCGUACUGCCAUGACGAGUUUGAACCGAUGACGGCGUUAAGGUGUCACAUCAAAACUGACCACGUUAGCGCUGAUUACAACAGCGCCUUUUACAAGGUGGUAGAUGACCUAAAAAUCGACAUUACGGAAUUCAAAUGUAACUUAUGUUCCCAAGAAAUGCCGAGCGUCGAUUUCUUUAUGAAUCAUUUGUCGCGCGACCACGGCAAAACUGUCAACUUUGACGUUCCGUUUGGAGUAUUACCUUACAAGCAGGGGCCGUCCGGGUUAUGGAUGUGUCUGGACUGCGACAAAACUUACUCUGAGUUCUCUCAAAUAAACGGACACUUGCGUAGUCACGUGAAGAUAUUCACUUGCGACAAAUGCGGCGCGACCUUCCUCUCUGAGCACGGCUUGCGACAACAUGAGCGUAAUUUUAAAUGCUAUAAAGCCACUUAUAAACCUAGAUUCGGAAAAGCGUUGAAGCAUCGUAGCAACACUGAAAUUAUAUUACAAUGUUCUACAGCGCGUCCGUUUAGAACGUGGGGGCAGAAUUUCAACUGCGUCUACUGCCGCGUACAGUCCAACGAUCCUAAUGGUCUAAGAAUGCACAUGACAGCAAGACACGCCAAUACCAAUAUCCAACACGUUUUCAGUCGAAAACUGAGGAAAGAGUUUCUCAAAGUUGACAUCACUGAUCUUCAAUGCAAGCUCUGCUACUUACGAAUCGACACGUUAGACGAUCUUAUUUCACAUCUCAAGAACGACCACAAACAGCCUAUAAACGCUGACGUACAACCCGGAGUGUUACCUUUUAAAUUAAACGAUGGAUCCCACUGGAAGUGCGCUAUUUGCACUUGUCAGUUCUCAGAUUUCAUCUCUCUAAAGAAGCACACCGCUGAACAUUAUCAGAACUUCGUCUGCGAUACAUGCGGUGAAGGAUUUAUCACAGAAUCAGCGCUAAUAGCCCAUACAAAGAUUCCGCACGAUAAUAAAUACAGCUGCAGCCGUUGCGUAGCGACAUUUUCUACUUUAGAAGAAAGGAACAUCCACAUCAAAACUCAGCAUACAACGCUACCAUACAUGUGUGCACAUUGCAAGGAUAAACCUCGCUUCGCAACAUGGGAGUUACGCAAGCGCCAUCUCAUGGAGUUCCACAACUAUAAGCCUGGUGCCGAAAUGUACGAAUGCACUACUUGCCAUAUGACCUUCAAGACGAGGUCACAAAAGUAUCAUCACAAUGUUAAAGCCCAUAGAACUAAGAAGGAGACAGAAUAUGGGUAUCCGUGUGGUAGUUGUUCUAGAGCCUUCGCGACUAAAUUGUCCCUCGAUAAGCAUAUUGCUAAGAAACAUUUUCACGUCUGAUGUUUAUAAUGCUACAUUAGUGACAUUUGUAUUUAUUCUGUACUUAAAAAGUAAAUUGAGGUAAAUAAAUAACUCGUUACCAAAUGUUAAAUUGAUAUGACAUCAGCAAAAACGUAUGACAAAUUAUUCUAAGAAUCUCAGUAUUAAGUAUACAUAUUUGAGCGAUUACAUAUAGAAAGUUUAAAUUAAAAGUCAUAAUAAUCUGGCAGGUCUGAUGAGUGAUUUUAUUAAAUCCGCAACGACUCUGAUCUCGGAAAUGAUAUUUGUAGUACAUAACUUACCUUAGUGAUGUAUUUAGAAUAGUAGGUACUGUUUGUAAAUACAUUUUAGUGGAAACUAUAGCAAACUAAGGAACUUAAAUUAUGCGUAAGAUCUAUGUAAAUGCUUUAAUGUUUAAUACUUAUAUCAAUGACAUCACUAAAGCAGUAUUUCAAUGUUGAAACAAAACGUAAAAGGUUUAUUUUUCUAGUGUACGACUGUACGCACAAACUGAUAUCAACAAAGUUUCCUAAAUAAAACCCGUGAAAUAUUUAUUGAAAUAAUAGAAGAUUCAAUUAUGUAGAUGACUAUGUAUUUAUUGUAUGUAAUUAAUGAAAUUGGUAUCAUAAAUUUAAUAAUUAUAUAUUUAUAAUUAUUGUAACAUUGCCACUAAUAAAAAAUUUAAAAAGAAUCUGAUU